AAUCUUGUAUAGGGCCUCAAAAAAGUUAGAAACGGCCCUGUCCCAUUUCCAGUGAAGGAUUUUUUGUAUCCGCCAUUUUAUCCUGAUUAUGUUUUUGUAUGUUAGUAAGACUGCUGUCCUUCUUUCUAGGAUUCCAGUGAAGUGGGUGGUUCCAGCUGAAAGAUUUGAAAAUCCUCCUGAAAGAGAUUUGCAGAGACAAACAACUGAGUAGAAGCAGGUAAGGACUCCUCGGUGGGAUCUGAUAAACUGGAAAUUUCAAGCUUACAUUGUUUUGCGAGACCCUCAAGAAACAUGGACAACGAAACAAAGUUUAUGAUAACUUGUAUGCUUUUUACAGCCAUCUGUAGCUCCGUGUCCAGUGAUGAAUGGAAGGCCACUGUUGUAAAAAGCAUUGACGCUCUGGUUACAUCCUGUGUUGUGGUACCGUGUUCAUUCUCCCAUACUGGAGGAAACCUGCCCUCCUCCAGACUCAGAGGAAUCUGGCAUGAAAAAGAUGACAAAAAAAGCAACAUCUAUCAUGAGGAUUAUACACUGAUUAAGGACAGCUUUAAGGAACGAACACAGAUGUUGGGACGUCUGGGCCAGAACAACUGCACCUUAGAAAUAACUGGAGUUAAAGAUCAUGACAACGGUCCUUUCUGUUUCCAGGUUGAACUAGUGCGAACAGAAAACAAUGACCCCACCAAGUACAAGUUCUCCUUUGUUGAAGACUGUGUCGAGUUGAACAUGCUCACUGAGCCUCCAAAGCCUGCAGUGAUUAAACCAAAGACAGCCACUCUAGGAGAGCCCUACACUGUCACCUGUUCAGUCAUCCACACCUGCCCCACUCAUGUUCCUAAACUCUCAUGGAAUCUGGAUAGUACAAACAUCAUUGUGCAUCAUAAAGAUAUUAAACACGGAAACUGGGAGAUGCAGUCCAUCCUGACAUUUAUUCCUGAGGAGAAGGACGACAACAGAGAGAUAACCUGCACUGCUGAAUUUAAUGGAGGCCUGAAAUCAUCUGAAACUUUCACACUCCAUGUAAAACGUAUUGAGAACUAUAAUCACAUCAUCAUUCCUGCUGUAGUGGGGAUUGGUACAGCUCUGCUCUUUGGCAUCUUCUGCAUUUUCAUGGCAAAAAAAUACAAGAACCGUAUUGCAGAGCUUCAAAAUCAAGAAGGAACCAUGUGGAACAGGCUUUCCAGAUUAUCUCGCAGGUUAAUUUUCAAAAAAGGCCUGGGUCGUGUAGCAGCCAACAACUCCUCCAGAGAGGCUGUCCUGGUGAAGAAGUUCAUGGCCCACUUCUCGGCGGAGGGAGCAGCAUCUUGGCAGCCAAAAGACUAGCCCAUUUGAAGUCCCAGCAACUUCCCCACAAUGGCUCUGAGCCACCCACAAACCUCUAAAGAGCGUUCCUGCCUUUUUAAAAAUUUUCUUAAUAAAUGGAGCUUGCCUCCAAAAGAAAAUAACCUCUCUUUAUUCUCUUAAAUAAUUGGUCUUCACUAUGUUCCUAUAUAUUAGUAUAUUUUGUCAUUAGUAUAAUAUGAAAUGCUUUGUUUUAUUCUUUGCUUCGAGCCCUGUGUACAGGAGCUGCAUGCUAAAAGAUCUUUUGUUAAAAGGGUUGGCGUAAUAAGCAUAUGCUUCAGCCAAUACCUUUUCAUUAGCCUUGUCUCGUGCUUUCUUGCUUUGUGGUAAUCUUUAUUCUGUAUUCACUGAGAUAUUUGAAUCAAAUCAAAUCAAAUGAAAUAAAUUCUACAUAUGUCAA